GUACACCAGCACUUGUACCACCCUACUUUCAUUAGUGAUCCGCUCUCUUUUAUACUCAAUUUACUGCCCAUUUGGAAACCUAAAUCUCCUUUAUGGAUAGUGCAUUGGCCUGAAAUAUGUACCCUAUUGCCUGAAUUGGAUUAUUUAUAU